AUGCCCAAGACCGAGUUUUAUGAUGCAUAUGGCGCAGCACAUCCUAAUGUCUUCGGCAUGCGAGAUGAAGCUCUUCAUUCCAUUCGGAGACGCCAUAUGUCCCAUAGCUUUUCCAUAUCCUACGUGAGGGAGAUGGAGCAGUACCUAGAUCUCAACAUUGAUAUCCUGAGAAAAAAAAUUGCCAGAUUCAGCAGCCGAAACGAAGUUUUCGACCUCAAGAAGGUCUUGCACUAUUACACUAUUGACGUGCUUGGUGAAUUGGCCUUCAGCCAAUCGUUUGGUGUCCAGAUUGCAGAUGAUGAGUCGCUUGUCCCACCAGUCGUACCGCACAGUUUACUUGCUGCUGCCACGGGUGCAUGGCCGGCGCAGACACAAACUUUGAAGAGGUGGCUUCCCAAAAUACCCAUUAGGGGACUGCAAAAUUUAUUCCGAGGUCGAGCGGCAUGUGCAAGGUUGGCAUCCGAAUGCGUACAGAGGAGAAUUGCAGCUCUGCAAGAUGUUAAAGAUGAAGGCAUGGAAACUUUGCAGAGAAAUGAUAUUCUGACCAAUUUGAUUCUGGCUAAGCAUCCGGAUACGGGUGAGCGCUUAACACAAGCUGAUUUGGAGACAGAAGCAUUCGGUUUCAUUAUCGCUGGAACACAUACCACCAGUGCUACGGUGUCGUUACUGUUCUAUCAUCUACUGCAUGCCCCAGACAUUAUGGCUAGAUGCGCCACGGAGAUAGAUGAGAAUCUUCCACCACUGACCGCAGGCCAGUCUUCUUAUUCAGUAGCAGAUGUGGAAACAUCUCUCCCUUACCUCCGCCAGUGUAUUCGUGAAAACUUUCGAAUCACCCCGGUGUUUACCAUGCCAUUAGCCCGACGCGUGACAGCACCUGAAGGAGUCGCCAUUAGCGGGCGACAUAUCCCGCACGGAACGUCUAUUGCCGUCUGCAACCACGCUUUUCACCAUGACCCUGCUGUCUGGGGUCCAGACCACAACACCUUUGAUCCUACCCGUUGGGAUAAUCCUGAAACCGCUGCGCGAGCUAGAUAUUUAAUGCAUUUUGGCUUAGGUGGGCGUCAAUGCAUUGGCAAGACAGUAGCUCUGAGCAACAUCUACAAACUAUCGAGUACUUUGUUGAAAGAAUUUGACUUCGAGCUCGUAGAUCUAAAUGAAAGACUAGAAGUGCAGAUGGGUGCUUUCAGAGGUAGAAUUCCAGACUUAGUUAGUGUAGGCAUAAGUGAUCUUGCCCAGCCGUUGAUGGUGAAGGCACGGCAGAAGAGGAAGGUGGAAUAA